AUGAACGAGGAGCGGCCCGAUCCCUCCGCCGCACCCCCGCUACUUCUCCGGCCCCGCAGAGAAGUUUUCGAGUACGGGCUGCUUCCUAUUCCCAAGCUCAUCUUCACCGAUGGAACCUUGACCCUCGGAUCCAUCAAGCAGAGGUUCCUCCAGAAGGCGGCAUCACAUCAGUCCAACGUAAUUGACGCCGCCGGAGUGGCGGACACGCUACAGAUAUCGAAUGAUCACGCGGUCCUCGUCCUUGAGACCCUUUCCUCUGUGCUUCCCCCCGAUGCCGAGCUGCGUGCACCAGAAGGGGCUGCGGACGUGCAUGAUUUGCUUCUCUUUCUUUUCGUACAAUCUUACAAGCGGCUGCUCCCGAGGACACACAAGGAUGCCGCUGCUGUUGCUGAUGUGUGGCCACAUGCUUCGGCAUUUGACGGAUAUCUCUCUGCUCUCUCACCCCUACAGGUGUGCCCUUUUUGCCAAUGUUAUUCCCUAUACAUGUAAAUUAGUAUUACAAUGUUAAAUAAUUUUCUUGUAUUUUUUUGAUAUUUUAUAUUCUAGUAUGGUUAGUUUUGUCGUAGUCUUGGUAUGUAAAACUUCCCGUGUGAAAAAAAAAGAGAGAAGACGUAAAGGAUUAUUUCUCGUUUUAAACCUUAUCUUCAGUUUCCUUUCAAAAUGCUCUGACUGGGUUCUCAAAGUCUGCAAUCAGAUGCUUGGAAUUUCACAAAAUUGCAACUUAGUUUACCACGAAGUAAACUCUGAAUCUGUUCGGAAUAGUUGCCAUAAGCUGUGAAAGCAAGCAUACUAAAGCUUGAAUUUUUAAGAUUUUGACAUUUCUUUCGGCAGGAAUCGAGUAUGUUUGGAACAUCAAUACCUUGGUAUGAGCUUGAAUUACGUGGCACUUCUUGAAAGGAGGAUGCCAUGCAAAUGGUUGAUUUUUUUUCGUGUUAUUUUCUUGCUGAGAUGUAACUUUCUUUCAUAUGGAAUAAUUGGGCUAAAGGAGGGUUACUGAAAGUGAGGAAACAUGAUAAUGUGCUGCAUGGGUUAUGCAUGGACCUUCCUAAACUCUGAAAUUAGUUAAUGAAUCUUGGCCAGGAUCCAAUUCCUCACUGUUCUUUUUUAUUUAGUAAUGUAGCUUAUGUCCAAGGAGGACCAUUCACUUCGAUUUAUUUCCUUGUAUCACAUAAUUACUGCUUAAUUAACAGAGAACAAUCUUUCAGGGUGUAAGGUUAGGAUAAUUCUGAUCAUAUAACAAAAAGUGAUGCUUUGGAAUUUAAUAAGUGUUCUCCAUUAUUUUAGUCUUCCUAACUUGAAAACGUUUUUGCAUUUAUUACGUAAUGCCCUUUUUUUAAAUAAUAAAACCGUGCACAAAAUAGUUAUUCUUUUGUCUGCCAGUUUGUUCGCAGCAACAAUCGUCGUUUUAUGCCAUCACAAGCUGAUGAAGAGGCACAUCAGCUUUCAUAUCUACAAAAGCACAUGUCUAACAUCCUCGCUCUUUUGGGUCAACCUGUUGAAGGAGAGGGUGAAGAAUCUCUGGUAGGUAAAGAAAAAAAGGGCAAUACUAUUCUUUCUAGACUUUCACGUGCUGUUGUUGUUUCUAUAUACUUACACUUGAAGGCCUCAUUUAUUUUUUUAUUUUUUAAAUCACACAUCAGUCAAAAAAUAUAAACGUCUAAAUUCAAUGAGAGUAAUCCUUGUUACAUUUUUUUUUCUUUGGAUUUUUUACUUAACGUAGGUGAUAUUUAUGAUAAAUGUGAUUAUAUUUUUUUUCUUAUGCAAUCAAAAGUGUUGAUCAACAUUGAGAAAUGAUUGGGAUAAUGAGAAACUAAUUGCUGAUUCAGGAUACUGAACCAGAUAAUAGGCCUAUCUAUGAUUUCCCUGUGUGAAUUUUAUUUCAGGAGUAAGAUGCUAACCAUUGAAAACUUAAGUUUGGAAUCGUAGUGGUGAAGUUGUCAAGGAGGUGUUCUGGAACAUUGAUUCAUAAGAGAGUAAUGAGCCCAUUUCUGUCAGCAUUUAUGGCAAUCUAUUUAGCAGCUACACAGCACUGGGUAUAUUUUUAAAUACACUACUUGUGUAGAGCGAUGACAAUGAGGACCACCGUUAUGUAUCUCAUUGUCUGCUAUCGAAUUUGAAAUCUCUGCUUCCAGUCUCUGAUCAGUGCAAUUAUUUAUUUGUAAUUGUUCCUAUGAGUAUCACAUUCGUAACUCAGAAUCAAUAUAUUUGUUUAGGAUCCUAGGUAGCCCACAUCUGGGAUUUUCUGACUAAAUUCUUACCUCAAAAAUCUUUGCUGUUGGGGCUACUUCUUUUUGAGUUCUUAAAUUUUCCAAAGAUAUGUUACAUGUUACUGAUUUGUCUUCAAGUCGUAGGUAGUCUGGGAAAGUUGUCAUCAGUAUCAGAAUCCAUCUCGAUAUAGCAACUCCAUUUCAUGUUAUCUGUAGGUUAGGUUUGCUGCAGCAAAAGAUGAGCUUUCUCCUGCUAUGCCACAAUAGGUGAUGGUUGUAGGGAAUGUGGAGGGUUGAGCAAAUAAAUUACCUUCAUGUAUAUUUCAUCAUUCCAUGGACAAGUGUUUACUCAUCCAUUGAGUAACUAGUUUGAAUGACAAGCAUUUGUCCUGGUGAGAGAAAUGGUAAGAAAGAAUAUGGCUUAACUUUUUCAUCAUCUUGUUUCCAAUUAGUCUUCCGAAUAUAUUUUCUCUUGUUUUCUUUUUUCCUUUUGAUUUUCAAACAAAGAGCUCCGUCAGAUCUCAUAUCUUUCCUCACAAUCUUCUCUUUGAUUGUCUGUAGCAUAUCUAUCAUUUUCUGUAUUAUUUAAGCAGACCUACAUCUUAAUGCAUGCUAUCAGUCCCUUUAGGAAUCACUUUUAAGAUACUUUUACUUAUUCCUGCUCUUUUCUAUUUCAAUCGUACUCGUUGCAUGACGUCAUAGUCUAUGGUUGUGUAGGAAGCUCCAACCUUGACGUUUCUCCAUUAUAUUCCUUGUAUAUUGUCUUUGACUACCGUUAUAUGUGGAGCACUAUUUGUCCCAACUAUGCUGUUUAAACUGUAGAGCAUGAUAUUGUAACAAUGCAAUGUGCAUCUAUAUCUAUUGAUCUAAGUUCUCAAUAAUGGUCUACUUUCUUGAGAAAUGACAGUUUUAAUUCAUUUCUGAGUGUUCUGCCGUUCUUAUAAAUUUAAUUUGAGAAGAUUUUGUUUUUUGAGUUUCUAAGGGACAUUUUCACUUGGAAAAGCAUGCAAGAAAUGACACAAGAAAAGCUUGAGCCACAAAAAGUGAUACUUUUACCUCCAAUGAGGUCUAUCUUCAUAGCUAGGGUAUUCUUUUUCUGUUCGGGGAGGGGGGGGGGUUAGGGGGGAUAGGGGGGAUAGGGGGGAUAGUGGUGGUUGUGGUUCUGUUUUCUUCUUGCGGUGGUAUUUUUAAAACAUUGGAACAUGUGCAUGUUAUGUAUGCUCGAAAAGGCAUAACAUAAAAAACCACGGGACAAUGCUUCAUCUCUGUUUUCUGCGUGGUUCCUUCGAUUGGUGGGUCUGUUUUUCGGGGUACUAUGGUGGUUGUCUCUCUGCCUUGUAGCAUUGUAUUUUUAAAAUAUUGGUGCAUAGUCAUCCCAUGUAUGCUAGAAAUGGCCUUACAUUGAAACCAUUGUAACAAUGGCUUCAUCGUUGCUUCCUGGGUUAUCUCUGCCUUGAUAGUUGGGUUUGCUUUAGGGAGAACCAUUGUGGUUGCGGGUAUGCUUUUUUCGGAGCAUUGCAUUUUUUAAACGUUGUCAAACGAACUUGCUCGUUUUGCCUACUACUUUAAGAUGUGCAUUGUUCUUUAUCAUGUCUCUAUUGUCCACAAUUGAACAGAUUGCACGCCUCAUCCUUCUAGACACUUCUUUUAUUUCAUUUGUUUCUUGCCAAAAUCCAUGUGAUGAUUUUUUCUGAUGCAUUGUAGGUUACACAGAUAUAUACUUUUCUGCAUUAGAUGACAUUCAAACCAACUGGAAUCUACCGCCUCUGUAAAACCAAGAUUUUUCAUGUUCGUAUGCCUAAUGACAUGAAUCAAUGUGCAGCAUAAUUUUUAGAUAUUAAUACUUUUUGAGAAUCUCUUGCUGUUUACUUUCUCUGCCAUUUCUUUGAAGAAACUGGAAAUAGAAUUGGGAAGUCCUCCAUUAAUUUUUUACAGAUAGUGUGUGAACUUGUUCUCGAGUGAUCCAAUGGUUAUAUGUACGUAUGUUUCAUUCUUAUUAGAUGGCAAAUGCCACGAGAGUUUGUCUUUAAUACAUCUAUGCAACCUUGAAGUUAAUCUAGGAAUGGGAAACUAUUUUCACCAUUGACAAAUGUUCCAUUUUCCAUUUUCUGUUCAUGAUUAAUUCAUGAAUUUGAUAAUUUAGCAAGUUGCAUACUUUAUUUGCUAGUUUUUGAAUUCGCGUCCACUAUUCAAUAGUUCAAGCUGCCAAGUGUAAGUAUCAAUUGAUGGCUAUAUUGUUUUGUUUGAAGAAACCUGAAAUAUCGAUUAAAAUGUUUUGUAUUCUUACUAUAGCUAUGUUUCACAUGUAGAUCUUGACACUAGAAAUGUUUCAACGGCUUGGAUUUCUGCUUCAAUUUGGUGACAAAGAUCGUGGAGGAAUCUCUCUGAGCCAGGCGUCACCCUUUUUUGUUAACUCGGAUCCAGAUAUGCCCGCUGCUCCUGUAUCCGUCUCACAGGUCCUAGAUUGGCUUUUGGAAAAUAUCGCUGCUUCUUUAGAGCAACUUGCCGAGAAGCAAUAUGCUAAAGACAAUGGUGCACUAAGUAUAUCAGAUGUAGAUGUUACAAUGACUGAUGCUUGCUCCAAUCAGGGGAAGGGCCAGAGCCCCUCACCAACUGGGACUACGUUGCGAAGUCAGGCUUUUGUGGAGGGCAUAUCUAAAGCAUCUGUGGUCAGGCAAGCUUGUGAUUUAAUAGGAAGUACCGUUAAGGUGAGGACCUGGAAAUUUAACCGCAGAUGUAAGAUUGCCGCAGAUCCGACACUGUAUCUCUUCACAUUUAUACCUUAACCUUUGACUAUUAUUACUCUAAGUUCCUGAAAUGUUUUGAUCUGAUUUUCCAACUUUGACUUCAUUGCUUAGUGUAAAGUUGCGAGCUUACUUUGUGCAGUCGUUCUUGACCUCAAUAUCCCUUAUAUAAUAGUGUGUGGGCCGCACUGGCCACACCUCAAGACCUGUCAAGGCCAUGGGGAAUCGAAGUUAGAUUCUGGUAGAAAAAAAAUCCUAUAUAUCUAAUCCAAAUGUAUAUGUUGGGAUAGAUGUACACUACGUGCCAAACUAAGUUUUUUUCUACUAAUACUAGUUCUUCCUAUAUGAUAUAGGAAUACGCUCUAACAACAAUAAACACUCGAUUGUUGUAAGAAAACGAUAGGAGCUAAAGGUCUUUGUCUUGCUGUAUGUCUGACCUGGCUUGCUUGAGAUAUCCGCCAAAGAGAAUUCCUCUUAUAAGCGGGCCCCUAUAAAAUAAUAUUUUUUUGUUUGUUUUUCCUGUCCAAGUUUUAAUUCUUUACUUUUGUCUAAGUGUAAAAGAAAAAUGAAAUAACGCCAUAUCUCAUUUCCGUUUGACAGCUUUGUUCCCGAAAUUGUCUAAAAAAGGAACUAGUGCGAAGCUAGACUUGUGAUAUGUUAGUGCCGUGGUUUUUUAUUUUUCAGUAGCUUGAAGGGUUUAACUGUUGGCAAUUAGGUAUUCAUUGGACCAGAAUACGCUUGAGGCAAUUAUAAAAUGUUAUGUUCUUCUAAUGUAAUCAAAGUAUCUGAUGCCCUAUUAUUGCAAGUUUUCAUAUGUAUACUGCUUUACACAUUUCUUUUAUGCAAGUGUACAGUCAAUGAUUAGUCUCAUUCUGCUUUUCAUGGAAUGUGAAUCCUCUAUGUGAGCUUAAUUUAAACGUUCUCAUGUACUCAGAAAACUCUUUCUUAGAAACUUAGAAACCCAUUGUUUUAUUUAUCCUAUUGAAUUUCUUCACUGCAGGUUCUUAAUUGCCAUGAUUCAGUUAUUUACAUUCUAGCACCUUUGAGAUAUGCUACAAUUUAUGGAUGUUCUGAUGCAACUGUUGUUCUUGGGGCGAUUGGUAAGGUAUGCAUGAUAAUGCCACUACUCGCUAUUUUUGUUCAUAAUUUUCAAUAUUUUCAUGGCCUUCUGCAGGAAACUAGAGAUUUCUCAUCAGGCAUAGUUCAUUUGUAGUCUGUGAUUUCAUGAUAUUUUUAUAGUAUGUGCGUUUUGUUUGAGCAUGUAGGUUUUGCCAAUUGAGAAUAUUGCCCGACUUUAUUGCCCUGAACAGACAAUCAUAUCUUUGAUGACAUUUGUUAAAACUUAUGUACAUGAAAUUACUGGUAAGGAAAAAUAUGGUGUAUUGGCUUGCUGUUUAUCAGAUUUGUUUGGACAAAGGUUGAAAAACUAUUUUCUUUUGUGGAUUGAAUUGGGCAACAGCCAAGCCAAUCCACAAACGUGACCAAUUAAAUGGGCAAAUACCUAUACGAAGAGGGAAAAUGAGCUAGAUUUAUGCAAUUUAAUUGAAGUGAGCGAGGGUUUUUUCUGAGUAUGUGCUAUGAUUUUUUCUUUUCAGGCAUGUAUUCUGUAUUAUGGUCCUGUUGUAGGUCUUGAUCGUUGGUUGUAUCUUAUAGUUUUACUACAUCCUCUUAAUAACAAAAGACAAUUGGCUUCUUCUAAUGUGAAUCGUUCCUAGGGAAAGGUGAAUGCUUUAUAUAACUUGGGCGCGCUUCAUUGGGUACUCAUGUGUCCUUUUAUUCCGCUAAUAUUACAUGUCAUAUAUUUGAAUUAGUUCUAGUAAUGCUAAAACCGAUGAAGUUAACCCCUUGGAGUUUUAUGGGUUUUCAAGUAUCAUAUGCCGAGGCCUUGUAAAUUCUCAGAUAGCUCAUCUAUAGGAACUAUAUUUGGGGUUAACUUAGUCGCCUGCCCUUCGUUGUUUUUCUUAUAUACAGUUAGCAAUAUUGAUCUAUGGAAAACAUGUUUUUCUACUUUCCAUCAACAAAAAGCUGUUGAUCUUCAUUCCCAUAGUGGUUUGUUUUCAUAUAUCAAGUUGAAUCUCAGUUUACUUUAAAUAUUUGCCUCUCGCCAGAUAAAAGCAAGUUUUUACUACAUUGCACCUUCCAUUGAUCAUCGUGUUACUUAUGCCCAUUUCUUUUAAUGUCUUCUAUGGUGGUUGUUUACCUGGUAUUUGGAGUUUUGAAAACAAGGUAUUGUGUUAUGAUUCCUUUGUAGGCCGUGAGAGUUGAACACUGUGAAAGAGUGCAAGUCAUUGCUGCUGGAAAACGUAUAUGCAUUGCUAACUGCCGUGAAUGCAUGUUCUUCUUGGGGGUUAAUCAGCGGCCUCUUAUUCUUGGUGACAACCAUAAACUGCAGGUACGAAUUUUCUGUUCAUAUCUAGUGAUUUUUGAAUCGAUCGCUUAGAUUGCCUGUGUAUGCCUGGGUUGAUAAAUGUCACAUGCAUGGUUCUGAUGUAUUGCCUCAGCCAGUUGUGACUACCUUUUCUUCAAAGAUACAUGCUGUACUCCUGGCUACCUGCUGAUUUUGCCAGAGAAUGAUGGGAGUUCUUCUCAGACGGCCUGAUAAAAAAUGACACAAUAUACCAAUGUAAUAGUUGUAUAUCGUUAUUUAAUUUGAAAUUGAACUUAAGGGAACCUUUCUCUAGGUCUCAGGCAUUCUGAAUAGCCUAAGCAGUAAGCACAGUCUUGUGCAAUAUAAAUUCCGUAUUUUUGUGACUCACAUUUGUGAAACCUACCGACUUAUCAACAAUUCUCACAAUAGGAAAAUCGAAACACGAUCUUCGUGAACAGGUGAGAGUUGGAAAGGCUCUCUCUGAAUUCUACUUGGGGGAUCAUGCCACAUCGUGAUGCUAGCUACCUCUUGAGGGGAAACACGUAUUUAUAAUGAUUUUUCCUUCUUUUUUUAACCACAAACUUACUUUCUGUUUUGUUAUUUGGUGCUGAGUUUUUGUCCUCUUCCACAGGUGGCACCUUAUAAUACGUAUUAUUCAAAGCUGAAUGAACACUUGGCACAAGUAUGUCUCGAUACAGCUAUUAACAGGUGGAACGAACCGGUAGUACUGGGAAUGGUUGAUCCACAUGACUCAUUAUCUCAUCCAGCUGGGGUUUCUGAUGUCCAGGCAGAAUCUGCUACAUGCCUCGAUCCUGAUCAAUUCACAAUGUUUUUGGUACGUUUUUCUUUCACUUGGUUUAGGUGAAUGAUAGUAGAUACCCAAUAAAUCUCCAUUAUUUCUAGGUGAAACUAUCUUUUUGAUCAUGCUAAAAUAAUGAAUCGGCCAUAAGAUUGUUUUUCUGUUUCCUUUUGGAAUAAAUAUUAUGGAACCGUUGAAAUAUGUUUUUUUGCCCAAUUAUUUUCGUGUUUAGUUGGUUUUUAUCUUGUUUGUACUGCUACUCUGCAGAUUCCAAGCUGGUUUGGAGGUGAAUCCGCUCAGCCCACCAGUGACAACCCGUUUCAGCUUCCCGAGAUUUACAGGACAUCUCAAGAAAGACGUGUAUGAAUCUGAACUACAGAAUUCUAUCUCAACAUUGCUAAUGAUUAUUGUUUUAGCCUCUUAUUUAUCAGUCUUUCAUGGUGUUCCUCUGAUUUUGAAGAACUUUGGGUCUUACUCAACACAUUUGUGUUGGGACUGAGGUUUCUUUUGGGGGGGGGGGGGGUUCUAUUCAAGAGUUUCACUUUCAAAUAUAUGCUAUUGCUAAUUUUCAUAAGCAUCUUCUAUGUUUUUCGCUUCUUAUCUGAUUGAAAUACUCAAUCGUGGACUUUUUAAUAGCGUUCGGGUUUGAACGAUAUCCACCAAGCCCUAAGAGAGUCGCAACUCGAAGAGAACCGGAAACAAGAAUUGUCAUCUGCCAUUCAUGUACAUUUCAAGGACUGGCUAUAUGGUAAUAAGCUGCCCCAACUCGUAUAUUUUGCCUUUGGAUGUUAUAAGCCCUUUAUAUCCUAUUUCUCAUCUUUAUUUGAUGAUAUUUUCUUCCAAUUGGUAUAGUUUUUCACGCGUAAUAGUUUCAUCUUUAUUUGGAUUCGCAUAGAUAUAUUUUUUUCCUCAUACGCAAAACUCCAUUGACCUUGGGGUUGUUUCAUGCCUUUUCGCCUGCCUGCCACCAGUCGCUCUGUUAGGUGGUGCCGAUGAUUACGAAUAAAUAGAGAGCAGAGGCCCUGCUGAAGACUCUUCAAGGUUCUUUGGCAACUAGAAAAAUACCUAAUGUUUUAUGAAAUUGAAAGCUAUAAUCACGUCAAGAUAGAAAAAGCUAUCCCACAAACUUGGUGUCUGGCUCACAAAAUCUCAAAACGUUUAUAGUUUCCAGGGUAGCUGUGAAGAUUGCGACAUAUAGUAUCAACAUAUAAUCUCUGUAAUGUAAUAUUAAUGAAGAUAAUAAAUAAAUAAUAUUAAAAACUUUUAAUAUGAAAUAAAUAUGUGGACAAACCAUAAAUGGCCUCAAAUGUCUCACUCUUCUCGACUCUCUGAAUUCUAUGGAAAUGUCCUAUUUUUAUAUCCUAGCAUGCAGAAUCAUGGGACCCCACGCCAUUUACAUUGUCUCAAUCUCCUUUCCAAACCUGGUAAUUCUCAACUUUUGUGGAACAUCCAGCUCAGAACCUAUUGACACUGAAUGGAACAAUUCCGUUCAUAAAACCACUGGUUUUAUUCAUCCUGUCAUGUGCAAGUUUUUUCAGACUAUAUAUCUGAGACAUUUAAUGCAGAAAUAAUCAUCAAUGAGUGGAAUGGUCUCUCUAUGUAAUACAUGAAAUGUUUCCAUUUGUUCUUAGAUGGAAUGGCCCAUGAGAUAGUUGAUGCCCUGAACAAAUAAUCUGCGAUCAGUUUGGUCAGACUGAGAGUGGAUCUCAUUACCAGUCCCUGCAGACGAUAAAUCUGACUAAUAAUUUUACAUAUAUAUGUAUCAGACGAAAGUUCAUCCGAGCCAUUUUUUGUGGGGAUUUAUUUUUUUAUGGUUGGAAAAUAUGGUCAACUUAUCUGCCAUGGGACCAUCUGACGGGCGUCUGCCUCUGUUUGUACGUCAUUUAUCAGCUUCGGGGAACAUCCGCCAGCUCUACUGUCUCCAGGGUGAUUGA